AUCUCCUCCUGUCGAUUCAUCAAUGGACGACCACCGGUCUCGGAAACGGCGGCGCCAUGGCCGCCAAGCGGAAUCCACUCCCCGCUAUGCAGCUGAGCGGUGGAAACCGGCCGAUCCAGCGGACAUCGGAUGCGACAGUCCUGCACGGCGGGGUGGGAGAGACGCUGCCGAGACACGAGUCACAUCUCACAUUAAGGCGCCGGAGAAUGGAUAUGUCUACGAUUGGUUGGCGGAUGUUGCGACGGAAGGACUGCCGCAAACGCAAUCUCCUGCAUAUUGCCCUCCAAUCGUUUUGCCUCAGACACGGGGGGUUAGAUAUGCUUCUCUCGAACGAUUCGAAGAAACUGUCGCAGACGAAAGAACCCACAGAGAAAAAAGGCGUGAUUCAUCCGAUUCCUCAUUGAUCCAACCAGCGUACGAGAGGGAAGAGCUGCCACCACGAGAGAAGACGAUUGGUCAAGUUACUAGUGAGGAUCAGAAUAGACAUUUUUCUAAGAAAGCUAAGAAACACAGGCAGCCUGUUUCGUCAACCACAGACGACAGCCAACCUGAGUCUGAUCAACCACAACACAAAGAAACGUUUGAGAAGAGGGGUCGUCACAAGACAAAAGAAGACCGUUAUGAGUCCAAGAAGGCGAGGAAGCAUGCUGACGAGGAUGACAGACCGGCGAAGAAGAAGACUAUCAAAGUGAAAAGGGGCUAUGCUACGAAAGCGUCCAAGAAGGCGGGGGAAGAUCUGAUAAAUGGAUUCAGACCGAAGAAUGUGUCGCAGGAUCGGUUGACGAUUCGUCCUGGUACAGGCAUAUUCAAGAAUGGCCGAGCGUCAUCUCCUUCUCGCAAUCGUGGCUUGCCUGAUUUGGCGUUUUCGGAGAUGCAAUUCUUGAAGCAAUCAAACCGGAAGCCUCCUGAAAGCGAAAAUGAGGUGAUUAUCUCCAAGUCAGGCCAGAAAACUAAGCGUGAGAGGGAGAGGGCAAGAAAUGAGAUUUCCAACUAUUUUGUACCUGUCCGACAAGCUCUCCAGGAAGCCAAUAUUAACCAUAGAAGAGACAGCUCCAUUCUCCCUUCAGAUGCAGGCAAAACUGAAGCCACUUCUAUUGUCAGAGGACAUCAUUCUCACCCUCACGUAUCCCCGGACAAGGAUCAAAGGAACGAGAUGGUGCUAUAUGAUGGCUUCACCACGAUAAGGCCGAGUCCUCAAAAGUUCACUCUCCCCAAGCCAAAACUUGACCAGAUAUUUGUCCCACGGAAUACUACGGCUUCAAGCAAAUCGACGAGUUACUGUACUUGGUCAGAAUCAGUUAGGUCUCCAAUCGUGCGUGCCAAAGCUAUGCUGGCAGAUGCAUCUCGGGAUAAAAGAGGGAUGUCGCCAACUUCUCGUCAGCGGAUUCCGGUUCGGGCUGAUAUGUACAAAGAAGUUGGGUUACAGGCAGAGCUGGACUCAGAUGUGGAUUCACCAUAUAAUCCAGCAUUGCGGAGGAUGCACCGUGAUGACGAUGAUAUCCAAGUUGUUAUGAGCAGGCAAAUUAAGCCAGCCAAGGAUUUGUCCGUUCGUGAUUUCAACGACCAGAAUCACACAGAAUGCCAGGACGAGGACAGAAUUCAUCAGUUCCAAGCCGACAGGGCAGUUCUUCAUGAUUGUGAGCCUCACAGGGGUUCUAAACGGCCGCACAAAGACGAUUUGGGGGGGCACGUCGAGUCAUUGCACACGAGAAUUCCUGUUGAUCCAAAUAAUGACGCAGACCAUGCUAAACAAAUAGUGAUAGAGCAAUGCCCUCAAACUGACAAGGACGCAGUUGGUCGAACUGAUGGUUCUGUUCUUCCAGCCCUGCCAGACGCCGACCUUGAUGUGCAAUACAUCAUGUCCCGAGCUGUGCGUGCUCAGCAAGCAUACAUCAAACGGCGGUCGACUCCAAAAGUUGCAGUCGAAGAAACUCGAGGCACUUCUGAUGUUCGAGCUCCAGCUGCGGAUGUACCAAACACUGAGGAUUCUGGUGCUUUGAAGGGAAAUGCUGAGUCUCUCGAGGUUGGACUAGCAGACCCAAACAGGGAGAACGAGGCAGGACUUAUGUUAUCGGGACUCGAUGAUGACAGGCAAAAUGAGAUCGCCAACCAACCAGGGCAAGGUCAGUUGUGUGGCACUGAGCCCGAGUCUAAUUUGCCAGUCCAUGGGCAAACCCAGAGUGAAUAUCUCUACACUGCUGGGUAUCAACCAAAUGUGCCUGAUGAUGACAGGACCGGCGAGCAUGAUUCACAUCAAACCGAGAAUAUUGCUACGUCUGGACAAAUUGUACGGCCACAGUUAAUGAUUCCCACGCGUGGAUUCUCUACAAGAGCGGUCCAUGUACCACCAGUUCAAUCACGAACUAUAUCCCCACUGGAGACUAUGGAGCCGAUUUAUGCUCGGCAGCUUCAAAAUCAAGCAUUUGAUGCGCAGGAAGGGCAGCAUGAGUUAUAUGCUACAGAAGAACAAGGGCAGGGUGGCAUUUUCUUGUACGAGGGUGGCCAGUGGGAGAGAGAACCCGUGGACGCUGAGGCUCAAGAAUACAAUCCCACCGAGAUAGAGGACGGGCAAGUUAACUACGGUGAUAUGUACGAGGGACAACAGGAUGGGAUAGAUCUUAUCGACGAAAGCAUGUACUACGAGGAAGAGUUGCCGUUUGGUUCGGAAGCGCAGAUUCACAAUGCAGCCGACGAUAUGCUUUUCUACACUCCAGGAAGCCGGCCUGGCGCAGAAUAUCAAUGGAUGCCGAGGCAGCGAACGUAUUUCAGUGCUGUCGCGAAUCAAGCGCCUGGCCUUGGGUCAUGGGAGAGGAUGCAGCAGACAGCUGCUGUUCCUCGGGAACUGACGAUGCAGUUCUGGCGGCCGUGGAAGGGGUAUUGAAUGGUUUGUUUUAAUUCUGUUUACUUUUAGCGUGCGCCUGUAGUAUUUCACCAGUAAGUAUAUAUAAGCGGUA